AUGGGCUGUGGGGGCAGCAGGACAGACGCGCUGGAGCCCCGGUACCUGGAGAGCUGGACCAAAGAGACAGAGUCCACAUGGCUGACCGGCACUGACACCGAAAUCCCCUUAUCAUCCAUCCAUAGCAUCCCCUCCGAGAAUUCUGAGGCUGGCUUCUCUUCGGAGAAAACUCUUAGUCCAGAUUUCUUUGAAGACAGCCUCCCUCCUCCAGCCCAGGCGUAUCUAAAGGUCUGCUCAGCGGUGUCUGAAGCCAGUCUGGACGACGUUAAACCCAGCAGUCCUCCUGCCAUUCUGGCUUCCCCACAGCAGGAGAAAAAAUGGCAAGACAAUAGAAUGUCCACAAAGCAGGUUACGAUCACAGUGACCCAGAGCAUUCAUCAAGUGGACAGAAAUGGAAAGUUGAAGAAGUCGACAACCACAUACGAGGUGGUGAAUCCGGUGGAGUCGAUCAAACAAGUGCCCUCACUGAACUCAUGA